UUUUAUCCUCCAUCAGCAAAAGCUCUCAGAUCUCUGAGUCAAUGCAUGCAAGUCAACCAGAGCCUCAUAAGAAGAGAACCAAUGAACACCUCCAACCACACCAAUUCCACCGUCUACCCCAGCGAGGGCAUGCGCGUGCUGCAGAUGAUCAUGACCGUUACGAUCUUCAUCGUGGGCGUUUCUCUAAACGCUCUGGUGGUCUGGGCGUUGGGGAUUCGAGUUUGGUGCCGCAACAAAGGAAUGAGCGGUGAAACGCAGAGUGCCGACAGCUUCCGGAUCUACGUGGUGAACCUGGCACUCGCCGACUUGGUGCUGUUGUUACGUACGCCGCUGAUGCUGCCCUACUUGGUGAACAACUUCACUUGGACAUUGGGGGUGCCUGCAUGCAAGCUGGUGAUUUAUUUGCGAUGCCUGGGAUUGUACGCGAGCGCGUUCCUGCUGUGCGCCGUCGCGGUGGAGCGCUGCUUGUGUCUCAUGAGACCAGUCUGGGCUCGACUGAAACGCCCUCGUUGGGCCGUGCCGCUGGCCUGCGCCGCAAUAUGGGUGUUGGCGGCGGUCUUCGCUGUGCCAUAUAUCAGCACGGCCAAAGUCAUUAACUGGGAGAACCGCAUGGCUUGCGUAGAAAGCGAUGUUGAUGUAGGACAAGCCUUAAUCGUGCUGGAGACCGUGGCGGGAUUCUUGCUCCCUCUGGUGAUCUUCUUGUCCUGCAACAUCGCCGUGAUUUUUUGUGCAAAGAAAGCUGAGAGCGCAAUGUCUUCACCUACCUCGGCAUCCGGACCGGGUUACACAUCCCACCGACUGAGCCGCCUCUACCGCGUACUCCUCCUCACCAUGCUCCUCUUCCUCACCUGCUGGGUGCCGUACUUCACCUGCCGCUUUUUGAGGGCCCUCUCGAACAAGCGCCUGGGCUGGGAGAAGGUCAAAGAAGGAGCGAUCGGAGCGGCAUACGUGGCGCUGUUUCUGGUUUACGUAAAGAGCGCGCUCAACCCCGUCCUGUACGUGUUCGCGGCUCGCGGACUCGGACGCACGGUUCGCGCGUCGCUCAUCUCGACGAUCGAGCGGGUCUUUAACGAGGAGUUAUCAGAGUCUUUACGCAGAAAGUCCUUACGAAGGAGGGAUUCUGAGUUUUAAAAUACUGAUCUGCAGACGGACAACAUCGGAGAUCACAAGCAGAAAACAGUGUAAAUCUCAAGAGACUAGGGCUGGGCGAUUUUAUCAAUUUAUUCAAAUUUCAUGUUUUGCCAUGUAUUUUCUUAGAAAUCGAAGAAUCGUGAUUUUGAAUAGACAUAUUAACAAACGUUCGAAUUAGACACUCUGACAAUAUGCCAGUGAUAACAGGAAAGAGAAAAGCGUGAUGUGCUCAUACGCACACAGAAUGAGCUUUUGUGUUGACAAAGAUGCAACACAGGCAGUGGAAUAGGAAAAACGUGCAAGAAGGUGGGAGUGAACUUCUUUUAAUUUGAGUGCCGUGUUUUUAUAAUGCUGCUUCACGCAUAAGAUGAGAGCGCAACAGUCAAACGCAUCCAUGUUUACAUAGAAAAAACAAUUUCAAAAGCAGCGCAAUCACAUAAAAAAACCUGUGAAGAACUACUGUAUGUCUGAUAUUUCAUGUUUCAUCAUGAUGAUAGGCUGAAGGCUGCUGUUUUUUUCUUUUUACAGCACAUUUGUAGUUAAUAGUUUACUGGUGUUAUACCUGGUGUUAUACAUGUGGAAAACGUGGACUGAAUCGCAGAAUCCAGUUAUUAAAAUAUAAUUUACAGUUUAAUGCAGAAUGUCACGGAAUGUGUCAAAGUUUGGAUGAAUGAAUCAAACGUAGGUCAUUAUACUUAAAUCACGAUACGGACAAAUAUUUGUAAAUAUUAAGCUGCAAAACAACUGUUUAAAUAUGAAUUCUGUUUGUCUCUGUGGUAACGAAUGGCACAGACGUGCCGUUUCGUUUACUACUCGUACUGAAGCGUGUGUGGUCUCACUAAAUGAGGACAUAAUAACAUGGACAAAAUCUCAAGAACUGCUCUGAGCAUUUUACUGUUUCAUUAGAGCAAAACUAUCGUCGUAUCAUAUACACCGAAAAGGUAUAAAUAUAAAUGUUUGGUUUCACAUGAAGACAUUGCGGCAGAAAUACAUUACUAUUGUUCAGUAAAAUGUACAUACUACUACUACUAAAAUUAUUAAAACCUUAUUUUUAAGGAAUAAUCAUAUAUUUCUUCACUGUUUUAGUUGUAAUAGUAAAUCCCCUUUAAUUGCGAAAAAAUACAAUUUGUUUAAUUUUAGUUCAUUAUAAGAUACAUGAAAUUAAUGCUUUAUGCUUUCAUUUGAUAAAAUGAAAAAUGCAAAUAAACAUUUCACAAAGCUACUGUAAGAAUAAAUGAAACUGCAUUCAAAUAUUUAGACAUGCUAGAACAAAGAAUUUGACUAAAACUAAGGUGGGCAAAAAUAAAACAUUUCACAGGGCCCUAAACAUGUCAUUUUUUGUUAAAGUUUUAAUAAAUUGAUAUUAAAU